AACGUCCUGAGGUUCCAGGAAGAAGCUGCAGCCUUCCCAUUAAAGGGUUUAUCUCUCCUCGGGGCUUAAAGAUUAGUUCAGACUUUGUGCUGCGUUUCAGGCAGAAACCAAAAGGUGCUGAAGCCACGCCAUCUCCUCCAGCUUUCUCUGUCCCCCCCGGCUUCCUGCAAACCCCAGUUCUCCAAAGGAGCGAUGGGUUCCCACGGAACGAAACUGGACGACAUCCUGGAGGAGGACAUGCACCACUGGUACACAAAGUUCAUGAGGGAGUCCCCCUCAGGGGUCAUCACGCUGUUCGAGCUCAAGACCAUGCUGGAGAUGAACGGGAUGUCAGAGGAGGCCAGCAGCUACGUGGACCAAGUCUUUUUGACCUUUGACAUGGAUGGGGACGGCUAUCUAGAUUUUGUGGAAUACAUCGCAGCUAUAAGCUUGUUGCUGAAAGGAGAGGUGAACCAGAAACUGAAGUGGUACUUUAAGCUCUUUGAUCAGGACGGAAAUGGGAAAAUUGACAAAGAGGAGCUGGAAACUAUAUUUAAGGCUAUUCAAGAUAUCACCAGAAGUUAUGACAUCCCUCCAGACCAGAUUGUGAAUCUUAUAUAUGAGAGGAUUGACAUCAAAAGAGAAGGUGAGCUGACGCUGGAGGAGUUCAUCAGCGGAGCCAAGGAGCACCCGGACAUCAUGGACAUGCUCACCAGGAUGAUGGACCUGACCCACGUCCUGGAAAUCAUCAUCAAGGGUCAAAAGAGGAAAGCUUUGAAAUGAGCCCGGGAGCCACAAACAGGAUUGUGGGGGAGAGCUGCUUCAGGAGAGUUAAUCCAAAUCUCUGACUGCAAAAAAUAAAUAAACCCAAGCUGCUGAGCUGUGGUGCAGAGGAGACGCACAGAACUUCCUCCUCUGCUGGUGCUCUGUGGGCUUUAUUUACAGCUUUGCUUAUAGGCGUCAAGCACUUUUUUAUGAAAUGAGAUUUAGAUAAACGAGGACAAUUUUCUUCAAGGAGCAUUUAAUUUUGUGCAGAUUGGAUGAAAAACAUCAGAUCAAUUUGUAUCAAUUGGAGCUCAUCUUAUAGAAAGCCUGAAGUGAUAAAAAACGAGUUAAAUGCUCAAGUUCAAAAAGUUUUAGUGCAAUUUGGAUUUAUACACAGGCGGCACGGUGGCUCAGUUGGUUGAUGCCUCUCAGCAAGAAGGUCACCGGUUCAAAUC